UGCAACCUAAUUUCACUUUUUCCAACCACAAUUCUCUUUAUCAGAAUAUUUUUUUCCCAACCGGACUCCAAAGCAUUUUCUUAAACAAAAUACAUAAUUUCCAUCCUUUCUAUAAUUAAUUAUUAAUAUACUUAUUUAUUUAAUGAGUUUAAUACUUAAUUAAUCUCUCUUUUCGUCAUUAUCAUUUUCCUUUAAUUACGAUUCAGACAAACUGAGGAAAGUCAGGAACCCAAAUUACUUUUUUUAACUUCUAAACUCCAUUUUUCAUAUUUUCUCAAGAAUCUCAACAUUUCUCAAGCCAAAAAAUUCAAUCUUUUCCACAUUUUUCAUUUUUUAAUCCUUAAAUUUUUCAAGAAAAAAAAAAUCCUGCUUUGUUCUCUCCAUUAAAUUUCCAAGGAAAAAAAGAAGAAUGAACAGUAGUCUGAGCCAUUUGCCAGUUUAAUCUUACUCUGUUUUCUUGCUAAGCUCUGGUAAUACUUCAAAAUUAGCAGUACUUAAGCUUCAUUUUUGUUUUUCUAUUUUUGAGCUUUUACACCUCAAAAUUUCUGCUUUUUCUUUUUUGAAGAAAGGGAAAUUUGUGUAAUAUAUUCUUGGUAAUUUUUUUUUGGGGAUAUGGAGGGAGUUACAGUAGUGGGAUCAGAUGCACCAUCAGAUUACCAUGUGGCAGCAAGGACCACUGAUCCUAAUCCUAAUCCUCAGCAGCAGCAGAUUAUUAGUACAACAACACAAGCAGCCGUUACAACAACAGCAGCAGCAGCAGCUCAUGUUAAUGUUAAUGUGAAGAAGAAGAGAGGUAGACCAAGAAAAUAUGCACCUGAUGGGUCUGUCAAUGUAACUAAUAGUAAUAAUGUUUUAUCUCCGAAGCCAAUUUCAUCAUCUGCACCGUCGCCGGUGAUUGAUUUUUCGUCGGAGAAACGGGGAAAAGUCCAGCCUGUUGGGUUAGUUAGUGCUACUAAACCCCAUCAUCAUCAGCCUAAAGUUGAUUUAGCCUCUCCAGGUGAAUGGGUUUCAUGCUCUGUUGGUGCCAAUUUUACACCUCAUAUUAUUACUGUAAAUACUGGAGAGGAUGUCACCAUGAAGGUUAUAUCAUUCUCUCAACAAGGGCCUAGAGCAAUAUGCAUUCUUUCAGCAAAUGGUGUAAUUUCAAGUGUUACACUUCGUCAACCAGAUUCCUCUGGCGGCACAUUGACGUAUGAGGGCCGGUUUGAGAUACUGUCUUUGACUGGAUCGUUUAUGCCAUCAGAGACUGGAGGAAUGAGAAACAGAUCUGGCGGAAUGAGUGUUUCUCUAGCAAGCCCUGACGGACGUGUUGUUGGGGGUGGAGUUGCCGGUCUGUUAGUAGCUGCAAGUCCUGUGCAGAUUGUCGUUGGCAGCUUUCUUGCUGGAGACCAGCAUGAGCAGAGGACCAAGAAAAACAAAUCGGAUUCCAUUGUCACUGCUGUUCCUCUACCGACUACAGAGAUGGAAGACCAUCCUUAUCACUCUUCAGUAAAACAAACUGUGCCAACUUCCUCUUCGUUCCGUGCAGAUAAUUGGUCAGCUUUGGCUCCCGAUUCGAGGAAUAAGCCAGCUGAAAUAAAUGUAACUACUCAACCUGCAUAAGGUGAUAUUUGAAUGGAUUUUACCUGAUUGUGUAAACCACAAGGACUGCAUGUCAUUUACAAAGUUCCCAUUGAUCUUUCUCGCGUCUAUUUGCUGUUUGUGUGUAAACUUGGGCCAGCAUGUCAAUUUCCACUUAGGUCUGUGCAGUAAUCGGAACUAGUUUAAUAUAGAGAAUUUUUCAUAAAGUA